CACCCCACCCCACACCUCCCACCCCCUCCUCUCUUUCCCACCUCACCCCGCAGUCAUUGACGUGAAGCCGAAAGAGAGGGAUGUCUCCACAGACCGUCUUGUUUUGAAAGAAGAAGAAGAAGAAAAACAACAACAACAACAACAACAACACAGGUUUACGCACGGAGCUUUCUCUUCCUUUGGACGCAUCAAGAUAUUUCCCGGUGGACAGCAUGCUCCCCAGUCCGGUUAUAACAUCCUCCAGCACGCCUUUUUCGGUCAAGGACAUCUUGAAGUUGGAGCUGCAGCAGCAAUCUCAAGAGUUCCAGUUCAUCUCCUGCCUCUCGGGUCUGUCCGGCGCGUUCCCCUUGCAGUCCGGAGCCUUCCGAGCCCACUCGCCGCCCUCCUGCAUGCUGGCCCGCAGGGACAGCCCGAGUCCCAUCAGUUCGGAGGGCGACGAGAGGAUGUCGUUCCUCGGCGCGCUCGCCGGACCGGAUCGGCUGCACGCGGAGUCCGGGCUGCCGGUGGAGAUGUUCGGAAACCCGGCGCAGAUCCACCCUGUGGACUUGGAACUGGACACCGAGCAGGAGGAUCGAGACGCCAAGUUCGGCGGUGCGUUGCGGGGCGAGGAGGCCGAGAAGCCGCCGGGCAAGCAGCAGAGGACCAGGAGGAAGCCUCGGGUGCUCUUCUCUCAGACUCAGGUGUUCGAGCUGGAGCGUCGCUUCAAGCGGCAGCGCUACCUGUCCGCCCCGGAGAGAGAGCACCUGGCCGCCUCGCUCAAACUCACGCCGACGCAGGUGAAGAUCUGGUUCCAGAACCGGAGGUACAAGUGCAAGAGGCAGCGGCAGGACAAGACUUUGGAGAUGGCCGGACACCACCACCAUCACCACCAUCACCAUCACCCACCGGGUCCUCCGCCGCCCAGGAGGGUGGCCGUGCCGGUUCUGGUGCGGGACGGCAGGCCUUGUUUGACUGGAUCCCCGACCUAUAACACUUCCUACCCGGCCGUGGGAGCUCCGAGCCCGUACGCCUACAACGGCUACCCGGCCUACAGCUACAACAACUCGGUGUACACCAACACUUAUUCUUGUACGAGUUUACCUGCUCUGCCGGCCUCCAGCACCGCCAACGCCUUCGUGAACAUGAAUUUGGGCUCCCUGGGCGCGCAGACGCAGAGCCAGUCCGCGCAGGGGACGGUGGUCCCUCCGUGCCAGGGGACUCUGCAGGGCAUCAGGGCAUGGUGAAGCACCUGCGGACGCGCAGCUGGGAUGUAUACAUUUUGGCGAUGACACAGAACAGUCAAUGCGAUCAAAUGAAAUGACAUGACAUGACAACUGCAAUUUAAAAAAGAAAAGAAAAUGCUGGCCUCUUUCUGAAUGGAGUGGAACCAACAUGUAAAAAGGUUGACUGAAAUAAAUGCAGUACCAUAAAGACAGCAUGGGAAAAUGUUAUCAAUGAAGAUGCUGUAAUAUUCAGCUGAAAAAAGUCAUCCAGUUGAAAGAUUUUCACCGUGAAUUACCAAUUGAUGAUCUUGCAGGUUAAUUGUGAGAAUGAAUAAGAUCAUCAUUGGGAUACCUGUUAUUAUUAUUAUUAUGAUAUAUAAAUAUUGAUUUUCCUUCACAACA